UAGUCAAUCAGUGGCAGCUGACGACGGGUCAUGCUUACGCCAUCCUUGGAAACACAAAUUUGCGGCCAGCUUAACCCGAGAAAAGGUUGUGCCUUUUAGUUUGAAGGAAACAGGAAGUAUUGUUUUGGCAGGUUUGUUUGAAUUAGACGCAGGUGAACUCGUGUUUUGGUUCGGGAUACUCUUAUAGGCUACUUAAAGAAACCUGCUGGAGAUGGAGGAGGCUGAACACAGCUGUAAGGAAUGACGAGGAGUCUUGAAUUCUUGGAGCAGCGACAGAUGAGUUUAUGAGGGGUACGUAGCUGCAGAUCCCUGAGCUAGUGAGAUGGAGGAAGCGUACAGUGAACUGUACCAGCAGUUUCUUUGCCUAAGGUCACUUUGCCUGAGACAGGCAGCUCUGCUACAUCAUCUCACUACGGCUUUGAAGCAGCAGCAAGGUGCCAUUGUUCCUAACGGAGAGUUGAGUGAUAUGAUGUCUAUCCCCAUCCAGUAUACCAAAGAAACCCCUGUAUAUCUCCAUGGAAGGCCUCAACCACUAACAGUCACAGCACGCAACCCUGAAGCACAGUGUGGCGUUGAUCACCUCUCUAGAAAUGCUGGGACUUUUUCUGACCUCCUCGCUGAAGAUAUGUCUAAGCUCUUUGUGGAUGUGCCUCGUCAGGGAAUGGAAGACGGGACGUUGGAGCAAAUGGUUGCGCCCCCUUUAAGCCUUGACUCCACAAGAUGUCAAGGAGCCUCUUCUGAUGUGUCCAAUACUCCGGGACGAGCAGAUCAUCGUAGAGGUGACAGGACAAAGCUCGCAGGGAGUACCAGCAGUCCCUCCCUGGUUGGAGACUUCCUGAGUCAGUCUGGUGGGUUGCUGAUGUCAGACGUGGCACUGCAGUCUCAAGUUUGUGACUUCUGCCAGGCAGCUUUCCCCGGAGACACAACCACCAGAGGAGAGUUCCUACGACAUCUUUACACCCACGUCACCUAGACUUAACUGGUGUGGAGCAGGUGUAACUCUGUUUGAAAUUGAACUGCUUGUCAUAUGGUUAACCGUUUGUCUAUAUGGUCCACUGUGCAGAUGCUGUUGUGUGAUCAUUUUCUGUCUCUGAGAUAUAAAAUGAAAGGUAGAAAACUUCCUAUGCUUUAAUUGUACUAGUCCAGUGUUCAAAACAUGCCUGUUCGGGACGGGCCGAUUGCUUGGCCUGUGGUAUUGCUGCUUGCAGCUUUCUACUUAUAAUACACCUGCUAUGACAUAGUUGCGUCACAUACCCAAGUCUACUCACGGUCAAAAACAACGG